UGCUUCUUAGGUGGGAGCAGUCGGAUAGCAACGGAAAGCUCCUGAACAGAAACAACGGGACGGCGGCGAUAAAAGGAGCAGCGUCCGGCCGCGUCUGUCUUUGAGGCGGUUAAGCACAGCCUGGUUCUCAACAGUACACACAAACACGCCCCAGCACAGCAGGAGGAUGGCGGUGAAUGUUUACUCUACUUCUAUGACUGCUGACAACCUGAGUCGUCACGACAUGCUGGCGUGGGUCAACGACUCUCUACAGCUCACCUACACAAAGAUCGAGCAGCUCUGUUCAGGAGCUGCUUACUGCCAGUUCAUGGACAUGCUGUUCCCAGGGUGCAUACUGUUGAAAAAAGUCAAAUUUAAUGCUAAACUGGAGCACGAAUACAUCCACAAUUUCAAGGUUUUACAGGCUGCGUUCAAGAGGAUGAACGUGGACAAGAUCAUACCCGUGGAGAGAUUGGUGAAGGGGAAGUUCCAAGACAAUUUUGAGUUCCUGCAGUGGUUUAAGAGGUUUUUUGACGCCAACUAUGAUGGGAAGGAAUACGACCCUAUACUGAUGAGGCAGGGCCAGGAAGGGACGCCACCUCCACCUAAUCCAGGUGAACUCAUUCAUCCUAAACCUAAAAGUAAAAGACCGUCUCGCUCAGGCCCCAUGAGAACGUCCCCCACAGCACCAAAGGGCGUCCCAACACCACAGAGGCAGAUCAACGCACCAUCAGUCCGCAGGAACAUUCCCAUGACCCGAAACGGAGGAGACGCUGAGCUUGUAGAACUUAACCAGCAGAUCAUGGAUAUGAAACUGACAAUAGACGGACUGGAGAAGGAGAGGGACUUCUACUUUGGAAAGCUGAGAGACAUUGAGCUCAUCUGCCAAGAGAACGAGAACGACGACAACAACCCGGUCCUCGGCAAAAUCAUCCACAUACUUUACGCCACAGAGGAAGGAUUCGCGCCACCAGAAGAUGAUGAAAUCGACGAAGGAGCACGAGACCAGGAAGAGUUCUGAAGUCUUUCUCCUGUUUUCAUUAUCAUCCCUCACCUGUCGUACUUUAAUUAGGCCAUUGUGGCAUUUCUUCUCUCACCCUCUUUAAGUUUUACAACCUCCCCUGACUUCUUCCACCUUACCAACGGCUGUACAUACUCGUGAUUUCUUGUACAGUCUAGCUUCCCAAACUCUUACUUUGAAAGGACACUAAACCAAGAUAAGUCUGGACUAGGGUCCAGCAGCCUGGCUCGGCUUACUCCACUAAUUCUAACCUGUUUUCAGAGAGGACAGCUGCACUGCAGGACAAGUUCAGUCUGUUGGUCAGAAAUGUGAAGCGUCUGUCUGAGGAGUUCUGAUCAGUGAACGCGCAGACGCACGAACAUGCUCCAGGUCUCGCUCCAGAAGACCACGCUACGUUUCACACUCAACGGGAUUGGUUUUUUUUAUAUUUUGUCGAUUUUACAAGGUGAGAUUAUUAAAAAAUGUUUAGCCUUUUAGCAGCCAGGCCUGCAGAUGGAUAUAUUUUGCUGAUGCAAUGACAAGUGAACGUUCAGCCCACACACAUAUCACAGACUUUGAACUGCACACGUGUGCACGCUUCCAGCAAGUCCUCGCUCUGAAGAAAGGAAAUAACACGUCACAAGACGUGUUUUUAUUCAUCAGGUUGUCCCACAGGAGAUUGUUCGCUCGUGACAUGGUUUGGACAGCCUGUUUAGACGACAGCAUGGUGUAUUUAUGUUUUAAUUUAUUUAUCUUUGGCAAUCUGUACAGCUUCU